CGCUAUAAAAAACCAGGUCCUAGUACCUAAACCUUCACUCAACAAGUCAAUGCGUUAUCCACUAUCGUGCUACGCGUGAUGCGGUGCAGAUAAGUUAAACGCAUUCUCACGUGAUUUAAUCGACCGCACCGAUUGACCGUCGUGAUCAACUACCCUUAAGUCGAACACUGAUCAUCGACGAACAAGUCCAUCAGAACACACAAAAUGGCCACCUCUCCCCCUUUUGCAGGAUCGCCGCCUGGCACCGGUACGCCUAUAUCACGCAAGCGUCCCUCGCUGCCUGCGCAGAUGUCCUCAUCGAAACGACGGAAGCCAUCCACUGCAGGGCCAUCACAUCUGCGCCAGACGUCGUUCCCACCAGAGGAGCUACCACGAGAUGCACGAUCACCGUCGGCCGACUCGGCAGCAGUCGGAACUUCCAGUGUCAUCAGCGGUGUCGGCGGGAAGCGAGGCAGACGUGGAAAGAGUGGCAGCGUCAUUGGCACGGGUUCACGAGUGAACGGGACGAGUCGCGCAGUGUCAGCAAGCGCUGUAGACGGCAUCGGUCCCGAAGAUGAGGUGGAUGACGAGGAUGACGAUGGUGACGUGCAAGAUAAUCUCCAAGGAGACGAGGCCGACGCCGAAGAGCGUGAGAAGGAGGCAGAGGCGCUGAGAAUACUCACAGCUUCCUUCGACCCCGCGCGUGCCCAUGUGUAUGCCAACUUCCUGCAUGUCGGCCGUACCAUCCUCCCGCGCAUCCGCAAGCUCGCCAACCACACCCUCUCGCAAUCCGUGCCAUCCAGUGUCGUCCUCACCAUCUCCUCAUACACAAAAGUCUUCCUAGGCGAGCUUAUAGACACCGCGCGACGCGUGCAGACGGAAUGGCAGGCUGCCGACGACAAAUUCCCAGAUGGAACCCCCAUUCCGAAUGACGCAACGUUGAAGGAGAGGACGAAGCCGGAAUGGAGAGGCCCGCUCACGCCUGAUCACCUCAGGGAAGCUCUACGAAGGAUAAAGAAGGAUAGGGUUGGUGGAGCCGGUGGCUUCAUGGGCGUGAGUUUGAGCGGCAAAGAAAGGACUGCGGCGAAGAUGGGUGGUAGAAGGCUGUUCAGGUGAAGACCAAGGGAAGGCGAACGCGUGUUAGAUUUUAUUGUGAUACCCCCCAAGCAAAAACUUGCGUAGAGCUAGUGCGAAUAGUAUCUGAAAAAUAGAAUGUGCAGAGCGAGCCAUUCCGCGAGCACUUCCGUAAUUACCAAAACCAUC